UCUGCCACUAGUCUAUCACAAAUUACGAAACUCAAAGCUUUGCACACCUCUGCCUUCGAGGCAAUGUACAACACAGAAGAGUUUGUAGAAUUGAAAAAGUACAAUCGCUUCAAAAUAAGAGAGCUUAAAGCGGUAUCAUAUAUUUUAGGCAUAAACUAUGGCUCGGAAACGUCAUUAAAAAAAUUUCUUCGAGUGCUAAAUCUACUGCUUAUCAUCAUAUGUGGCAUUUCGUUGUAUCCACGAUGGUUGAUGCUAGAAAGGGCUGAUGGUGAUGUGCCGCUAAUUGCAGAGACCAUCACCACAAUAUUGCAAACAACUACAAGCAUGGUUAAAAUGACCUUCUGUCUGUUUAUGCAAGGCCAGUGUUGUGCAUUACUUAAGAAGGCUGAAAACUAUGAGCUGCUUCAAGGAAUGAAGAUCUUCUCGACUGAUAUGUGCAUUAAAACUGAGUUGAAAAAUGAGAUAAACUCGAUUAUGGAAACUAUAUGGAUGGAAUCAAGGCGACAACUUUUAAGCUGUCUCAUAACUUGUUCGUGCAUUCUUAGUAACUAUUUUCUCUACGCCUUCUUCACAAACUUGUACCACCAAAUAAAGAAGACGCCGAACUAUGUACAUAUAUUACCUUUUACCGGUUUCCCAAUGUUUCUGGAUAAGGGCAUGACCUCGCCUUAUUAUGCCGUGGAAAUGUUCAUCGGCGGAUCUUCACUACUCACGUGUGGCAUGUGUUCAGUCAGCUUUCAUUGCAUUUUUAUGAUCCUUUGCAAACAUGCUUGUGGACUAGUUAAGGUACUCUGCGCCAUUCUGUUGCAAUCCACCUCACCCCAUGUUCCAGCUCAUCGGCGUGAUGAAUAUUUGCGUUACUGCGUGAUCCAACAUCAAGAGACUCUGCGGUUUAUAAAUGACAUCAAUGAGCUUUUUAAACACAUCACUCUUUCACAUUUCCUUCAUAGCUUGGCUAUAUAUGGACUUGUGCUUUUCGAAAUGAACUUUGGAUUAGAAACAAAUAAAACAACAUUUGUUCGUAUGAUUAUGUAUAUCGGAGCUGCCCUCACCGUGGAUUCCAUGUAUUACGUAAAUGGCCAAUUUUUAGUUACAGAGUUGGAAAAAAUUCCCUUAGUUUGCUACAGUUGCGAUUGGUUUAAUGAAUCUGAAGGUUUCAAGAAAACACUGAACAUGAUCAUUAUGCGAUCCAAUAAAGAUUUCUGUUUUCAAAUAUCCUGGUUCGGCGUAAUGUCCUUGACCACAUUAAUGGGUAUAUUAAAAGCCAGUUUUUCAUAUUUCUUGAUUCUUCGAGAUAUAACGGAUGAAAUAAACUAAGAUUGAAACAGUUAUUAAAAUAUACGACCUAAUGUUUUGAAACUUGGGGUAUAUAAAUUAUCCCUUUCGCUGCAGAGAAAAACAAGAAUUAAAAAAAAAAACAAGAAUUUGCUCUUGCUCCAUUUCAGAAGGAUAACAAACAAGUAUGGAAGGGCUAAGUUUGGGUGUAACCGAACAUUUCAUACUCUUGGAUCAAAGCCGGAGAAAUACCUUCAGGCGUUGGCAAAACUUCAUAUUAAAAAAUUUUGCGAAUUAGUUUGAUACUCAUUAUUCGACGAAAUCGUUUUAUAAGUUACAUUAUAAGUCAUAGACUAUGUUUCACUUCACGUCAGCAAAAAUUUUAUUAAAAUUAUCGUCAAAUAUAUCAGAUAUAUCUGACAUAAACUUAACCGAAGAGGCUUAUAUAAUAUAAAUAGUUGAGGUUCAAAACUUCAACUAGAAUAUCGGAAUCGACGAUAUUAGCGAUUUGAAGUUAAGACCAAGGUGUAGACUCACUCCAUUCGUGUUCAGCGUUAAAGCGUUAAUAUCAUAUAAUCAGGAUUGUUAAAAUAACGGAAAUUAUUAAAUGUAUUUUAGUAUAAUAAAAUUUCACAUAUUAUCUGCAUUAAACUAUAGUAUAUCCAAUAUUAUAUGUUCAGGUCAUUUUGCUAAGAUAUUUUACCUUACAUACUGACCGAUAUAUAUGGUAUAAGGCCAACCGGAAGUUUGAUAAUCUU